CAUUCCCUUGGUUAAUCUAGGGGUAUUCAAGGUUUUGACAUAGCGUGGGUCUCAUCUUGCUUGGUGAAGCCACAAUACAACUAGGCUGUUUUAUUGUAUUUUCCCAGCCCUCCCUUCCUCAAUUUGUUUCUUUAUGCUAAAUGCCUUUUCAGUAUAACUUUGCGUGUUGAGUUUCUUUAUGGCAUCGUUGAAACCUCUCAUACCUUUAGGCAUCUUUUAUGCUUCUUAGAGUUUUCUGAUGCUGUUAGGUAGGACUGGUGCAUCGGCUAUUAGUGGGGAAAAGAGACUUUUCCUGUCCAUUCCCUCCCAAUUAUCAAUCAUGUUUGGGGGUUAUUGUGUAACUUCCCUUAGUAACCCCUAUAUGGUAGGUUGAGCGAUUGGCGCCGAUGCACCAACGGCCCAACUCGCUCUCUAUGAUGUGGGAACGUAGCCUCAUGACUGACCUUUCUGAUGUCUAUGGCAGUUUUUCUGAGGGAGCUUUAGGCCUUUUAUGUUGCAUUGGUAUUUCAUUCCCGAUUGCAGGAUUUUCUACUCAUUAAUAGUAUGACACCUGCUAUAUCUGAGCCAAUCCAAAUAUGGCUAUGGAAAGAUUGCCAAUCAUUAAAGACACCCACUCGAAAAACAUAACAGCACUGGGCUACAAUCCUGCAAAGCAUGAAUUGCUUGUUGGCUGUGAGGAUGGUGUCAUCAAGGCUUGGGAUUACUCCACUGGAGAGCCAGGGAAACUUGUCAGAACCUCACAUGAACAUGUUGGAUGGAUAACAUCUUUCUUAUUCUGGAGUGAUGCAAAACUCAUGCUAUCAGCCUCUAACGAUGGAUACAUUUUGGCUUGGGGAUCUGGGGUCCAGCCACAUGACAGAGUCAAGAUUGGAUCUCCCAUUUAUUCAAUGGCAUGGAAUGUGAGAAGAGAACAGCUGAUUCUGGGGUUAAAUUCUGCUGUUAAAGUCUAUAGAUUCAAAGAUUUAUCUAAGGACCAAGGGAGUUUCAUUAAUGACAAAGGGUUUACGUCAAGAGAGCACACAGAUAUAGUGAGAAAUGUUACUUGUCAUGAAACAAGAGUCUACUCUGCCGGGUUUGACAAGAGAAUUGUGAUUUAUGACUCAUACUCUUACCCUGAUAAAAAAGGUCUCAAGCCUGUCACAAUACUGUUUCCUGCUCAUGAUGCUGGCAUAAACUGUCUUUCUCUGGCUAGGGACAACGAAAACAAUACUUGGCUCCUUUCUGGUGGAUUUGAUAAGACUGUCAAGGUCUGGUCACAGGAUGGGCAGAUAAUGCACAAGUUUGAUUCAUUCAGUGCAACAAUCACUGGGCUUUGUUACGUGAGGCAGACAAAGACAAUAUGGGUCUCUGCAGGUACCGAGGAAUCUCCAAUGUACGACCCAAAAUCCGGAGACAAUGUUUCUGAAUUCAUUGGAACUUUCCAAAAUUUGGAUGACGACCCUGAGAGGCAUGAGUUAUGUUUGCUUCAAUAUAUACCAGACCUCGGCCAGGUUUUUGGUACAAACUCAAGACGACAUAUCAUGUGCUGGAAAUACAAUGCCAGUGGUUGUAUCACAGCUUUAAGAAACAGAAAUGCUGCCGAAUGCUUGACAUACACUAAAAAGGUUCCAAUUUUGGUUUUCAAUGGUGAUGCUGAGGGGCAGAUUAUCAAGUGGGAACGGCUUCAGUCAAACACAUUUAUGUAUAGCAAAGAAAUCUUGUUGCGGUCAGAAGCCAUCGGAAGACUUGCAAGUCAAAUCUCUGACAGAUAUGAUUGGGCAGCAAUGGACAAAGGACAGAUAAGGGAUCAGCUGCUGCAUAAACAGCCACCAUCCUUUGCUGGGAGACACGGGAAGAUGAAGACGCCGCCAACCCCUGCAAAUAUCGCUCUUCUCAAAGCCAUAUUUGUUGAGGAUCUGGAUCUGCUCGUAGUGUCCUCUGAAGAUGGCAACAUUUACGUAUGGGGCUUUGACGAGAAGGCAGUUGAGGUUUUGGAGAAAAUGAAGCCUGCUGAUGAUCGUUUUAGCAGAAUGUUUGAAAUCUUGCUGAAAGAAAAGGCAGAAUUGGAGGACAACAACGAGGAAAUAGAAAUGACUAAUCAACACGACUCUGUUACGAAUCGAGUGGCUGGUUUCAUAUGUAAGCACGUUUUCACCGAGCACAAACAGGUUGUGAGUGCGAUGGCGGUAAUCGGAAGAGAGGCUGGUUUUGGUGGAACGUUCUUGUUAAGCACUGGAUGGGAUCGAAGAAUCUUGCUUUGGAAUUUAGAAACACUGAGCCUACAAGAUGUCUUUCGCAACCGCGCUAAAGGCGCUUUUGAAAGCGAAGAGCUGGCUGCUGAUGGUAUCAUUCUUGACUUGGCCUACAGUGAUAGCAGAAAAGAGUUUGCUUAUGCAGCUUCAGAUAAACUGGUUUACAUUAGAAAAUUUGCAACAUCAGGAUUAGAUAUGACGUUAAGUGCGGUAUUACAAGGUCACGAGGCUGAAGUUACCCAGGUUUUAUGGAAUCAAUUUCACGAAAAAUGGGUUACAGGCUCUGAAGACGGAACGAUCAGAAUUUGGAGCGCAAAUGGUAUGAAUUGUGACUUAGUCCUUAGUGCCCAUGGCAACGUAUCAGCAUUAUGUGUCGAUCAUUCUAACGGAUGCGUUGUUGCUGGUGUGCAAGACACAAUCAGGGUUUAUGACAUAGAGUACCGCAAAAUCGUUCAGACAAACUUAGGCCAUACAGAUUCAGUAAGAAGCAUUAUACAUAUCCCUGAAAGGCAGCAGUAUGUUUCGGCUUCUUGGGACAAGACUGUUCGUAUAUGGAACGCGUACAAUAAAAGUUUUUAUUUGUCCGUAGCAGCCAGAAGGAAGCAUAGAAAUGUCACAGAUUCCAAUGCAUAAAAGAGAAAGCUCAAGGUUUACCAGCUCUCAGUUUGAAGGUGUAUUGGAUAUUUUGGUUUUUAUUAAAAAGCGAUGGAUUCUCGGUUAUUUAUUUAAGAACAUCAGGACUAGGGAAGGUAUUUGAAUAGGUUCUAUAGUCCGUUCGAAAGUAAAACACGGACCUUAUUUUCAUAUAGGCCUACUUCUUCCACCUCCAGCUUCUCGAAUAUCUCUUGUUAAAAGGAUAACUUCCCCUGGCUUCUCUGCACCCCUACUAGCGAGUAAGAUCUAGUUAUGCUGUUAAUCGAGUUGAUUGGCUCUAUCUUUUGAUGGUUUCAGUAGAUUCCAUAUAUUUUCCUGAUAUUGUUAUAAACUCGGACAGAAUACACAUAUGACACAAACUACUCAUUCGUCAAGAUAGAAAAUAUCACCUGUAUUCAUUAUUGUUUUAUCUAAUAACCUAGAUGCUGCGAAUAUGCAAAUUUCAGAGAUGAGAGAAGAGUAAGGUUAAGGUUGCCGGUGCGUAAUAAGUCUUUUAAGCAGGGGUACACUGCUUUCUUUCGGAGAGAUGGGGGUAGUUUAGUCUCAUGGUUCAGCCCAAUCAGUACGUAGAGAGAAUUUAAUCAAGCAUCGAAAAACCUUAUUAAAGAGUUGAAGUAGCUUUUAUGUUGUAUACUUAUAUAACUCCAAAGAUAUAUAUGCAUUCAUAUUCUGUUAGGAUAAGAGACUGACGUAUGUCUGUGUUUUGAACGAAAGUGUACUUAUCACAUAAAAUACUGCAUAGAGUUUAACAGAAA